CCUGCUUCAAGCAGCUGAGUUUCAGUCAGUGCAUAGAGGGACAGCAUACUAAUUGUUAAACUUCCUUGAUGGUAGAUAUCCAGAUGUCAGUACAUGUAGACUACAGUAGAUGAAUCCACCGGGUCCUGAAAAGGCGUUUUAGUGACACGUUUGAAUAGACUCCAGGAAUCAAGGCAUCCCUGAUUUUACAUUUGCUGCUGCUCUUCCUCACUAAGACAAUGGUACUCUGGAUUCUCCUCCCUGUCUCCCUCUCCCUGGUGUCCCUCAUUGGAACAUGGACUGUAUACGCUCUCGCCUUCAACAACAAUCACGUGUGCCCCCUUGGCAACUGGGAGAUUAAGGACUACUGCCAAACUAAUGAAACCGCGAGUUGCUGCAGAGUCCCUACCAUAAGCUCAAGUGGAAUCAGCGCACCGGAAAAUUCCCUUUUUACUGCUACGAUCAAUGCUGGCUCCUUUCUCUUUUUGCUGUUCUCUAUAGCCCACCACGCUCAUAUCAUGGAGAAAAAUUUCACCUGCUCCAUGCUGAGCAAGUUUGCCUUGGUCUUCGGUGUGGUGGCUUCCUUAGGGGCAUUUGUUGCUGGAAACUGCAAUCCUGGUUACCUGUACCUCCUGCACUACCUCGGUGCUGGUAGUAGUUUUGUGUGUAUCUGUUUCUACACGGUGCUGCUCACUUCACUAACCGGGAGGUGUGCACUGACGGGAUGUGAGAAGGUACUGUACCCGAUGCGCAUAAUCUCCACUGCCAUCCAGAUCAUCGUCACCAUCUUCUACUGCAUAUUGUUCGCCCAGGCUGAUUACUGGUGCCAGCUGGUCGGGGCCGUAUUUGAGUGGACGCUCAGUGUCAACCUGGAGUUGUUCGAGCUCAGCUACGCCGUGGAGUUCUGUUUCUUCUCCUCCUCCAUGUUUUCAAAUCUGCUGGAAAAGCGAGACGAGGAGAAGCCAUUCAUGCUGGGGAUGUCUUGAGUCUGAGGCUGCCGGGCUCCGGUGGAGGGACACACGUGGAGCAGGUGGACUUUCUCAGGCAUCUGCUGGACCACGUGAAUGACUCGCAACCACUUCGAAGAAAAAAAAGCGCUUGUCUUAUUUAUAUUUCCCUAACGUCUGCAUCGUUGAUGACUUUGUUUAUGAGGAGGUUAUCGUGCUCCAGCUCAUCCGGGGACUUUGCAGUGUACAUAUUGGUUUAAUUUAUUGUGCGAAACGCAUGACCCCGAUUCCCUUCAGAAACGCGAGUCACUGUCAAGUGUAUGUUAGUUCACGAUACGCUGCUGGGGGUAAGCAAUUUCCGAGGAAAGAGCGUAAACAAGUAAUUCCUGUUAUACUUUACAUAUUAUGCGUAAUUUUUCAUUUUGAUAACCUGCCAACAGAACAAACGUCUAAACAGUCUCGAGCACUACAUUUUAAGCAUCUUAAUGUACCAUGUAGAAUAUAAGCUGUUUUCCAGAACCAUACACUUUAAUUACAUUUUCAUUACACUCAGGGUUUUUGUGCAAUAUAUAUAUAUAUAUUUUUUUUUAUUUCCCCGGGUAUGAACACGAUCAACACUGAAUGAAAACCAUUGAAGUACUUCACAAUUAGUAAAUAGUGUUCUUGAUAUUCUUGGUUUGGGUCUCUGUACAUGCGCAUAGCGGUCAGUUUGAUAAUAAAA